AAAUAAUUCCAGUUGCACGUUGCAUCUUGCAAGUAGAAAUAGUUUCUAGUAUUUAUUUAUUAAAAAUUAUUUAAAAUGCCGACCAUUGGAGUUAAAAGAGAUUUAUUAUUCAAAGCACUUGGAAAAAAAUAUAGUGAUGAAGAAUUUCAAAAUCUUUGCUUUGAAUUUGGAUUAGAAUUGGAUGAAAUUACUACUGAAAAACAAAUGAUUACCAAGGAACAAGGUGAAGGUGCUGAAUUAUCUAAAGAUGCUUCGGAAGAUAUUAUAUACAGGAUUGAUAUACCAGCAAAUCGUUAUGAUUUACUGUGCUUAGAAGGUCUUGUUACCGGUUUAUUGGUAUUCUUGCAAAAAAUUCCACCACCAACAUAUAAGUUAAUAACACCGAAAACACUACAACAAAUACACGUAACCAAAUCAACAGAACGUAUUCGUCCAGUAAUUGUUGGUGCUGUAUUACGUAAUUUAUAUUUUACUAAAGAUUCAUAUAAUAGUUUUAUUGAUCUACAAGAUAAAUUACAUCAGAAUAUAUGUAGAAAACGUUCAUUAGUAUCGAUUGGUACACAUGAUUUGGAUACGAUACAAGGUCCAUUCACAUAUGAUGCAUUACCGCCCAAAGAUAUUAAAUUUAAGCCAUUGAAUCAAACGAAAGAGUAUACGGGUGAAGAGAUUAUGGAAUUAUAUUCGACACAUGCCCAAUUAAAACAAUAUUUACCAAUAAUUAAAGAUAGUCCAGUGUAUCCAAUAGUUUACGAUAGUAAGAAGACAGUUCUAUCCUUACCACCAAUUAUAAAUGGCGAUCAUUCGAAAAUUACAUUAAAUACAAAAAAUGUACUUAUUGAAUGUACGGCUACAGAUUUAACAAAGGCAAAAAUUGUAGUGGAUACACUUGUUGCAAUGUUCAGUCAAUAUUGUAAGGAUAAAUAUAGUGUGGAAGUUGUUGAAAUUGUUUCACCUUUAACAAGUAAACCAAUGCGGUGCCCUGAAUUAAAAUAUCGUACUGAAAAAAUACAAGCUCCUAAUAUUAACAGUUAUAUCGGAAUCAGUGAAUCACCAGAAAAUAUUGCAAAAUUAUUAACUAAAAUGUGUUUGGAGACAACUGUUAAUAAACAACAUCUAGAAAUAAAAAUUCCACCAACCAGACACGAUGUAAUUCAUCCGUGUGAUAUCUACGAAGAUGUUGCCAUUGCUUAUGGUUACAAUAAUAUAAUAAAACGUUUUCCUGAUUGUAAUACCGUGGGUCAACAGCAACCUGUUAAUAAAUUAACGGAUUUAUUACGUAUUUCGAUUGCACAAGCUGGAUUUACGGAAGGUUUAACUUUCUCUCUGUGUUCACGAGAUGAUAUCGCCUCAAAACUUGGAUAUAAAAUUGAAGAUUUACCAGCCGUACACAUAUCAAAUCCAAAAACUUUAGAAUUUCAAGUUGCACGAACAUCCUUAUUACCUGGAUUAUUAAAAACUUUGUCAGCAAAUAAAAAACUACCAUUACCGUUGAAAUUAUUCGAAAUAUCUGAUGUUGUUUUAAAAGAUACCAAUUCAGAGGUUUCAGCCCGUAAUGAACGACGAUUAUGUGCUGUGAAUUGUAAUAAAACAGCUGGUUUUGAAGUUGUUCAUGGAUUAUUGGAUCAUGUUAUGUUAUUAUUAAGUGUUCCAUGGAAUCCUAAAAAAACAACAGAGGGAUAUUAUUUACAAUCAAUUGAAGAUCCAGCAUUCUUUCCACAACGUUGCGCCGAAGUGGUAUGUAAUGGUACUAAAAUUGGUAAAAUUGGUGUAUUACAUCCAAAUGUUUUACAAAAGUUUGAAAUCACCAAUCCAUGUUCGUAUGUAGAAAUUAAUUUAGAACCAUUUGUUUAAAAUUUG